AAUUAUUCUGAAUGUGUUCUUGACAUUCCCUCUCCUGGUCUUCAAUUCAAUUACUGGCCUGGCACUGUUGUAGCCUUUUCUGGCUGGCUUUUGUGGCAUGGUGUGAAUGAUGUGAGCAGCAACUGUUGCUCACUAGCAUUCUACAUGUGGGACAAUAUUCAA